AGCUCAGCUGUCAUUCAUUUCGUGAGCUUUGAGGUUAGAAUCGAGGAAGUUAUUUAAGUCGUUUAUUAUUAAUCAAAGCAAAUAAAGACAGUCGCAAUGUUGCGGCAAUUCGCAAAUACGUUUAUACAAACUCGCGGUAUCAAGCACACGAUCAAUAUAAAAUGGGUACGGCCGGAUUAUGUGCCCGCUUACAAGCCUGAGAAAUCUGGUGACUUAGAAGCUCUUCCUGCUAUCCCAGAGACUGCUAUAGGCAAGUUUUAUGCUGAAACUGAAGAGAUUAAGGAUGCAUCAGAGGCAGUAAAGAAGAUAUUCUCAGUGGGUCAUUUAGGGCGUAAGGAGUUCAAUAUUUUGGUGAAGGAUGAGCUAGUGAACAGAGUCAAGAGACACGAGUAUGACCUUGGAACUGCUGAGAGCAAAAUUGCUUUUCUCACUGGACAGAUUCGCUACUUACAAGAUACAAUGGAUAAGUUUCCUAGGAAUAAGAAAAUGAAGCAACUAGUGCAGGAGAAGAUUGACAAAAGAAAGAAACUGCUCAAGUUCUUAAGACAGUACGAUUACAAGAAAUUUGAGUGGCUACUAGAGAAACUUAACAUUGAAUACAAAGGACACCCAGAGUCAUACCACAAGCUGUCCCGCAAGGAAUCUCUCCGCCAACUCACUAAGAUGCACUGCGAUGAUAUCCGAAACAAAAAACUAACAGAAUACAGGAAUUUACUUGAAAGUCAACAGGGACCAUUCCUGAAACAGAAACUAGAAGCUCUUAAGUUUAUAAAGAGUGAACAGACAGAAUUACAACUACCGGUAACAGUUACCGAUCAAGAUAUUAAAAAAGUUGAAGACCUGUUAAAAGAAUGGACAAUCAAAGAUGAAAUUAAACAGCAAGCUAACAAAAAGAGGAAGAGUAUUGUGCUAGAGUCGAAUGAAUGAUUAAUUGUAUUGUAAAUAAUUAAAUUGUAUAGUUAGUUAA